CCCGUCUCUCCUAGUUAGAAUGGUCUCCAGGACCAUUACCAGACCUUCGUUUUCCUCGUGUUCGCUCUUUUUGUUUUCCUUUCUUUUCUGCUUUCUUUUCGCUCCAUUCUCUCCUUCACAGCGUAUUGGAAAGAAAGUUACUCUUGUUUUUGUAAAUCGACAAGUCCGUAUUAUGGACACUUUCGUACCCGUCGACCCUCCUCGGUGUGCUCACUAUGCCAAGUUUGCCUCUCACCUUUGGAGGUGGCAGUUUGAUCUGAUAUAUUGGACACUCUUCGGGUUCAAUUUGUUUAUAUUGUUCAGUGCUGCCUAUGCGUAUACCAAGUGUCUGGAAAAACUCGACAGCUACCCUCGAGACUGCCCCCAGAGAAAGCGGACGACUGUUCGCUGCAUCAUUUUCGCCUCAGGCUGCGUAGUCCUAUCCCUCACCACAGUCAUCAUGGAGGUCUUCGCCCUAUUGGCGCUCCAGUUCUGUGACGGCGAGGACUUGAUGUCACUGUAUUGGUCAACGUGGACGAUGAUGCAAGUCGGCUCCUUGAUCGCGGUCUGUGGCAUUAUCCUGGCGCUGCUUCAUAAUCUGAGAGAUCGAAAACAUCCACCAUGGGCCCUUGCUCUUGGUACCCCAGUCCUCGUGGCAGCAGGCCUCUUUAGCUUCCUGCAGUCCUGCGCGUCCAAGAGGCUGAAACAAUUCGACGAAUGGAAACGCAUUGCGAAGAAGCAACGACAACGAGGGAGAGACGGGGUGCUCGAAGAGGGUACAGUUCCUAUGAGUCAGGUCAACACCAUUGCCGUUGACAGAGACGACGACGACAAGGACGACGAUGACAAGGACGACAACGGCGCCCAGGAGGGUGGCGCCCUGCGAGCCGAAAUUAUCGGUCUCACCCUGGACGGCGGCCCCAUCAUCCAUUUUAAUGAGGCUCUGCCAAGCCGGCUGCCCAACCACGCCCGGAUCAUUGGGCGCUGCGACGGCGGGAAGCCCAUUGUCAUAUGCAAAAAGGACGGAUUUCAGUUUGUUUACCGGACUGGGGGGGCCGCAUCGCACUCCAACGACAAGCCUGGUUGAAAGACGAAUCAAAAAUAUGCUAAGAAGUGCUCAGCCUCGAGUCUUCUGUUAUCGAAGCGGACAGGCUCCCCAGGGUGCGCCAGGUUGAUGGAAGAGGAUCCCAACAAACUGACAUUAAUACGAGGUGCGGACGGACAGACGGACGGACAGACGGACGGACGGACGGACUACAAACAUCCGAGCCGCUGGGGGUGGAAACAGAGGGAGAAGAAAUGCAAAUUCCAAGAAGGAGACGUCAUCGCAAGGGCAACUUUGAAGUUUUCACUUCUUCACUCGGUUCUCCCUUGAGCCUCCUCCACCUCCAGUUAAAGAGUCGAGUCCCUUUCCAAGAGCGGCAUAUGAAUCUGGGCCCAACUAAGCAAGCUGUCCGUCCGUACAAACCCUGAAACUCCCGUGUACAUAUAUAGCGUCAUGCAUUAAUAUAGACUUGGACAUUCCAUGAACGGUUGCA